AUUAGUUCUCUCUAUAAAGUUAAGAAGAAAAGUGGCGUGGAUUGAGUUAGUUCUCUCUGUGAAAUUGUUAAGAGAAGAUUUUAACGUAUACCGAGUUAAAUUUUCUUCUGAAGAAAAUUUAACGUGUUCAAAAUGUCGAAAGUCAUCGUGAGCAACAAGGGAAUUAAAAAGUCGAUUUUUUUCGAGGGUUACAAGUACCGGUAUGACAAAACCUACAACGGCACAGAAUAUUAUAUGUGUGACACGUCACGCUCACACGGAUGUCGUGCACGAUUGCACAAGCCGGUUGAGGUUGAUGAUCAACGCCACUACAUUUUGAAAGGACGUCACUUACACUCAGGCGAUUCACGCAAACUUCAUAAGAAAGAAGUUAUGACAAAGCUCAAGAUUCUUUCGAAAACAACGCAUAUGUCAAAACGCCAAGUGAUUAUUGCGAGCAUUCAAGGCAUCACAAAUGCAACCCGAUCGACUUUGCCGAGCGAACGAACUAUGUCGCGCAUGGUCACCAAUUAUCGUCGAGAUCCUCAGGCACCAAAAAAUCCACGAAAUUUCGCCGAGUUGGUUCUUCCACCCAAUUAUCGAAUCACACUGAAAGGAGAUCCAUUUUUGCUCUAUGAUUCAUUCGACGAACUGGAUGCUGGUGAACUUCAGUUGGUUGCUGAUCGAACCUUAAUAUUUACGACACUAGGCAAUUUGAACUUUUUGACAGAAUGUGAUGGACUUUUCAUGGAUGGUACAUUUUCUGUGGUACCAGUACUAUUCGGCCAACUAUAUAGCAUUCACGGUCUUAAACGUGGUUGGCAUUUACCAUCGGUAUUCAUUCUUAUGUCGAAUAAGAAGGAAGAGACAUACAAUGAAAUUUUCGAGUUCAUGCUCCGUUUGGCACCCAUCAAUCCCACUGACUUUAUGGUUGACUUUGAAAUGGCUGCUAUGAAUUCUGUUACUCGGUAUUUUCCACUUGCCGAUCUCCACGGUUGUCAUUUUCAUUUCGGCCAAAGUGUAUGGCGCAAAAUUCAAGAAGUCGGUUUGCAGAAGCAAUACAAUGAGGAUGAGGAGUUCGCUUUGAAUCUACGGAUGUUGGUCGCAUUAGCAUUUGUACCAGUUGAUGACGUCAUCAAAGCAUACGAAGAGCUGGUUGAAACCGCCUUUUUCAAUUCAGAUGAUCCGAAGAUUGACGAGCUAUUGGAUUAUUUCCAGUCAACUUACAUUUAUCGCAUUGACCGCAAAGGUAAAAAACAAAGUCCACGAUUCGCCAUUCCAGUUUGGAACGUGUACGAGAACACAUUGGCAGGUUUCCCACGUACUAACAACAAUGUGGAAGGUUGGCAUAACAAAAUCAACAGCAUGUGGGGCAAACACCCAAAUUUAUUUACGUUCAUUGAGAAGCUCAAGGAGGAACAAGAGAUCACGGAAUUGGCUAUCGCACAAUGUGAAGCCGGCAAUGAUCCUGACCGUCGACGCAAAAAAUACGAAAUGGCAGAUAAAAAAUUGAUCAGAUUAAUCGACAAAUUUGACAAAACAAUCCAUGAUGGUUCUUACAUUCCGUAUUUGAAGGAAAUUGCUCACAAUGCCCGCUUUUAG